AAAUCCAAAAUAAAUAUAAAGAAAAAAUGUGUGGAAUGUAAAAAAAAGAAAAUAUUCAUACUUCCCAAUUUAUCGAAUCUGUUAAUCAUUAUGCCUAAAAUUAUUUCACUUUCGUAAUGUUGCUGAUGUGUAUAUUAAUCAUCAAAGCCCAUUAAAUGUUUUUACAGUGUUUGAAAGUAUAGGCGCUUAAACCUAAACAUCUGCAAAGAAUUCCCUUAUUAUUAUGGUGAUUAUGGAAAACUAUAACUCCUAUCCACAAGACAAAUGUCGAGACCUGUGGCUAAGAAUAGAUCGGCUACAUCUCAGCUAUUUGGAAAUGGAGGAGAGUACGGAGAAAAUUAUGCACCGAGCCAAACUGGAAGAAUGUAUUGCUGACUUCCUAUUCCUCGCCCACCAUAGAGAUAAAUUUGUCUUUGGAGCAACCGAGGAUGUUCUGUACAGAUCAGCGGCUUUCAAAAAGGACUUCAGCGGAUACAAAGCGGCCACUGGCUGGAAUGCCUUGCAAAUAUAUGCGGCUAAUUUAAUAACCCAACCAUGGCGACGAGAGUAUCGACAAAUAAAGACUUAUUGUGGCUUUUACAAACACCAAAUUGAAGCGAACUUGGUUGGGGUGGAAACAGUAUUUGAAGUGAUGGGAUACAAACAUGUGGGCAAUGGGGUCUUAGAACUUGACGGACCAAUAUGUCCAGACAGAGUAUCUAACAUUUCUAGGGAUUGCUUAGUAGCUUACAUGGAAUGUCAAAUAUUAAAACAUAUAUGGGAAGAACUAUCUCCAUUAUUUAAUAUCAGUUGGCUGGAUAUUCUGGAGCAUAGAAGCAGUUUUCCCGGAAAUCUGGAUCAGUGUAUUGAGAGCAUUAAACUGAAGUAUACCUCGAGGCAGUUUCAACAGUCCAUAAGGCAAGCGCCUAGGGAGGAUAAUGUGCCAUCUUUCGAGAAUAAUCAUAGAUAUUUUAAAUCCUCUGCUCCCAAUCAAGCAUUGAUGCCAAAUAAUCACAAUAUGGUUCAGAAAGGGCAUGGAUACAGUGGGUUGGCUGGUCAUAACCAUGUGGCUUUACCUGCGGUCGUUGUACCUCCUGUGCCGUACUGUGUUCCCAUGUCCAACGGUUGCCAAAGUGGCAUUCCGACUUACGCUUACGGCUCUUUCCAUCCAUCCCACAUGCCAUUAAUAAAACCACCGCCAACCGCGAUGGUACCGAACGGUUUCUACUACCCCACCAAUCCUCCUUUGCCCGUACAUGCGCCGCCAAUUUAUCCAGUACCAACUGGGCAACUGAUAGAGUUGGACGCACGUAACGGGUACGACCUGGUGGACGGCGAUUCUACCGCAAGAACCACCAGAAGAUCCACUAGAAGCGACUGCGAGAGGCAAGAGGAGCAACGCGUAAGAAGGGACAGUUUAAGUAAAAACGGUGCCGAAGUGAAAGUUAGUAGCGAUCCGGAGGCGCCCGAGGAGAACUGGGAUUACGUUUAUAAGAAUUUGGAGAGGCAAGGUUACAGUAAGGAUUUAGGGGAGCGCGGGGAUGUGUUGACUUCGAGCGAGAAAAAACGGAAAUCCAGUAGAGAGGGAAAGAAAAUGAAGGCGACCAAUUUGGACGAGGUGUUCCAAGGUCUCACGGUCACCGAGAGGCCUUUGAAAGUCACCGAGGCCCUGGAACAGAUGGAGAAAAAGGUCGCGGAAAAGCACAUGCAACCCAGAGAAAGGCGUCUCUCUCACGGUAGUUCUUAUGAAAAUGUCCCCGCAGCGGAGCCACAGAAACAAACUAAGACUGUGAGUAAUGGUGUAUUGGGGACAAAUAGGCCGUUAACCGUUAAGGAAACCGUAGAGGUUAAAAGUCAGCCUGUUACCCUGGAAAAGAACGUUAAUGUUGAAGUCAAUAAGCAGAAAGAAAGCAAUUUUGGCGUGUCCUCGGUCCCUCCACAAAAAUGGGAAUGCAAAUCGUGCACGUACAUAAAUGAGGUGCCGAAAGACAUCUGCGAGAUGUGCAGCAAAAGCAGAUACAUGGGCCAGGAUCAACCGAUGGAGGUGGGUGGUCCGGAAUGUUCCAAGUGCACCUUGGUCAACCCGAGGAACGCGAAAUCCUGCCAGGCGUGCGGGAGCAGCCUGAAAAACUCACCGACUUACAUUUGAGUGUUGUACAAUUGCUUUAAUAAGAGGCAUAAUAACGAUUUAAGUUACGUCGAGAAGCACACACGUCGUUGACAUUUGCUGUUUAAAAAUAGCCAUAGCGCGAUGUUCACUUAAGAUACUUUUGCAGUCCGAUCAUUUUAAUACCUAUUCCAUAUUUAAACUUUUUUAGGAGUAUUUUAUUUUAUUUAUUUCUGUUUCACGUUUUUUUUUUUUUUUAUUUAUCCAAAAAUAUUGAGGAAAAUGAUCCUUGCGCCUGUAUUGUUGUAGAUAAGUAUCGAUUAUUUAUAUUUAUUAUGACUGUUUUUAAAUACUAAUAAUAUUUUUUAAAUUAUUUUGACUGUUGUUAGCGUUAAUUUUUAAUUUAUAACUAAACAUUGAUUAUUAUGCAAAAUAAAAUGGUUUAAAUUAAGAAGAA